GUUUAUGAAGUUCUAAACUCCCAGACAGAAAACCGAGAGAUUUCAGAUUUGAGUCAAGUGUGUGCUAAGAACACGAGGAGAGAGAAAGAGGGAGAUUACUUAACGAAAUUGAUAGAUUUUCUGUUUGAUUGUAUAAAAUUCUAGAAAGAGAUUUGAAUUGCUCAACCAACGAACUGAAACACACAGAUCGUUCUGCAAAUAACGAUGGCUCAACCUCUGAUAAAGAAAGAUGACGAUAGAGAUGAUGAAGCGGAAUAUUCACCUUUUCUUGGGAUCGAGAAGGGUGCUGUUCUUCAAGAAGCUAGAGUGUUUCAUGAUCCUCAACUUGAUCCCAGGAGAUGCUCUCAGGUGAUCACAAAACUUCUGUAUUUACUCAAUCAAGGAGAAUCAUUCACAAAGGUUGAAGCCACAGAAGUAUUCUUUGCUGUCACUAAGCUCUUUCAAUCCAAGGAUAUAGGACUCAGAAGAAUGGUUUACUUGAUUAUCAAGGAACUUUCUCCAUCAUCAGAUGAAGUUAUCAUUGUCACAAGCUCGUUGAUGAAGGAUAUGAAUAGCAAGUCCGACAUGUACAGGGCUAAUGCUAUCCGAGUUCUCUGUAGAAUUAUUGAUGGAACCCUUCUCACACAAAUAGAAAGAUACUUAAAGCAAGCAAUUGUUGACAAAAACCCAGUGGUUGCCAGUGCUGCUCUUGUCAGUGGAAUCCACUUACUUCAGACAAACCCAGAAAUUGUGAAGCGGUGGGGUAAUGAGGUACAGGAAGCUGUUCAAUCAAGGGCUGCUCUAGUACAGUUCCAUGCUCUAGCUCUUCUCCACCAGAUAAGACAAAACGACAGAUUAGCUGUGAGCAAGCUAGUUACCAGUCUGACAAAAGGAACAGUUCGGUCACCAUUAGCUCAAUGCCUUCUGAUCCGGUAUACUUGUCAGGUGAUACGCGAGACUGGUGUAAAUACACCGACAGGAGACCGCCCUUUUUAUGAUUAUCUUGAGGGCUGUCUGCGACACAAAGCAGAAAUGGUGAUUUUUGAAGCUGCUAGAGCAAUAACAGAGCUGAGUGGUGUGACGAAUCGGGAAUUGACUCCUGCCAUCACUGUUCUACAGCUCUUCUUGAGUUCAUCCAAGCCAGUGCUUCGUUUUGCUGCUGUCCGUACUUUAAAUAAGGUUGCAAUGACCCAUCCACUGGCAGUUACAAACUGCAACAUCGAUAUGGAGAGCUUAAUUUCAGAUCAAAACCGGAGCAUUGCAACACUUGCUAUCACCACACUUUUGAAGACUGGAAAUGAGUCAAGUGUGGAUCGUCUGAUGAAACAGAUAACCAAUUUUAUGUCUGAUAUUGCAGAUGAGUUCAAGAUUGUUGUAGUUGAUGCUAUUCGAUCUUUGUGUCUAAAGUUCCCACUCAAGUAUCGUUCAUUGAUGAAUUUCUUAAGCAACAUUCUUAGAGAAGAAGGGGGUUUCGAGUAUAAAAAGGCUAUUGUUGACUCAAUUGUCAUCCUUAUAAGGCAUAUACCGGAUGCAAAAGAAAGUGGAUUGUUUCACUUAUGUGAAUUUAUUGAAGAUUGUGAAUUCACAUAUCUAUCUACUCAGAUACUUCAUUUUUUGGGAGAUGAAGGGCCUAAGACCUCAGAUCCAAGUAAAUACAUACGUUACAUCUAUAACCGUGUAAUUCUUGAGAAUGCUACUGUUCGAUCAAGUGCCGUCAGCACUUUGGCCAAGUAUGGUGCAUUAGUCGAAUCAUUAAAGCCUCGUGUCUUCAUUCUGCUAAAUCGAUGCCUCUUUGACAGUGACGAUGAGGUCCGUGACAGGGCCACACUCUAUCUUAAUACCCUUCGUGGCGAUGGUUCUGAGGCUGAAACCAAUUCCGAAGCGAAAGAAUUCCUUUUUGGAUCAUUGGAUGUCCCUUUGGUUAACCUUGAGAAGAGUUUGAAAAACUACGAGCCUUCUGAGGAAGCUUUUGAUAUUGAUUCCGUACCUAAGGAGGUUAAGUCGCAGCCUCUUGCUGAAAAGAAAGCCACUGGUAAAAAGCAAACUGGUUUAGGUGCACCUCCUGCUGGUCCAAAACCAGUCGUUGAUGCUUAUGAGAAAACUCUUUCAUCUAUCCCAGAGUUUUCAAGCUUCGGGAAGCUUUUCAAGUCUUCGGCUCCUUUUGAAUUGACGGAAGCUGAGACAGAGUAUGCGGUUAAUGUUGUCAAACACAUUUUUGAUGAUCAUGUUGUGUUCCAAUAUAACUGCACGAAUACAAUCCCUGAGCAACAACUAGAGAAUGUAACUGUUAUCGUUGAUGCAUCUGAAGCAGAGGGUUUCGCGGAACUGGCUGUCAAGCCUUUAACAGCCCUACCUUAUGAUUCCCCUGGGCAGACUUAUGUAGCAUUUGAAAAGCCUGAAGGAUUAGCUUUUGGAAAAUUCUCGAAUACUUUAAGGUUCAUUGUUAAAGAGGUUGAUACUAGUACAGGAGAUGUGGAAGAUGACGGUGUGGAAGACGAGUAUCAGCUGGAGGAUGUAGAGAUUGUUGCAGCUGAUUAUAUGCUGAAAAUUGGGGUAUCCAAUUUCAGGAACGCUUGGGAAGGCAUGGGCCCUGAAUGCGAGAAGGUAGACGAGUACGGCCUUGGUGUUAGAGAGAGCUUGGCAGAGGCUGUCAGUGCUGUCAUUAACAUUCUUGGGAUGCAACCUUGUGAGGGGACUGAAGUUGUUCCAAGCAAUUCAAGAUCACACACAUGUCUUUUAUCCGGUGUGUUCGUGGGUAAUGUAAAGGUGCUGGUUCGUUUGUCAUUCGGAAUCGAUGGACCCAAGCAAGUUGCCAUGAAGCUAGCUGUUAGAUCUGAGGAUGAAGCUGUCAGUGAUGCUAUCCAUGACAUUGUUGCCAGCGGCUAAUUUUGGGAGUGUCGGGUGACAAUUCAAAGCCUUCCCUGUGCAAAAAGCGCCAACGUAGUGCUUUACUGCCCCUGAUUUUUUGGGGCACCCUUAUUAGAAUCCUCAUUUUUUCCUAAUAUAUAUAUCUUUUCCUUUUCUUACCUGUACUUUGUCAAAACAACCCUUGUAGAGGGCCUGAUUUUUGAGAGGGGUGACAUCAUCAUCUUGGAUCAUCCUAUAAAACAACACUAGCUAUAUUCUUUCGACCUCUACAUUAAAGAAAGAUGAUCGAGAUUAAGUAAAAUUUGUGUAUGUUACAUAAAAUGUUUCAAGCACUUAUUAUUCCAAUGGGAUUGAUCUCUAACUUAAGUGGAACCUUUGGAUCGUUUUUUA